AUGGCGCACAGCGGUCGGUGGCGCUUCCCUGCCCGGCCCGGCAGCGGCGGCUGGGGCCGCCGGGGGCUGGGGGGCUCCCGGCAGCGGGUGCCGGCCGUGCGGAGCCUGCGAGCGGCCGAGCCGGCGGCGGCGCCGGCGGGCGAGGGGGAGCGCGGCGGUCCGUGCUCCGGCGGGGCGGCGGGAAGCGGGGGAGGCGGGGCAGCGCCGGGCUCCGGCGGCUCCGGGGGCCCCGCGGCCGGGGUGGGACCCGGCUUCGACGCGGCGCUCCAGGUUUCGGCCGCCAUCGGCAUCAACCUGCGGCGGUUCCGCGCGGCCUGCGGCGCUGAGGCGGGCAGCGGAGAGGAUGAACAGUUUUUAGGUUUUGGCUCAGAUGAAGAAGUCAAAGUACAAAGUCCCACCAGGUCCCCCACAGUCAAAUCAAGUCCACGGAAACCUCGUGGGAGGCCCCGAAGCAGUUCUGACCGAAGUUCCGCUGUACUGUCAGACUCUUCAUCAGUGUGUUCCCCUUCAAGCAAGUCUGAAACCACAUCCAUGGAGAAAGUAAAAAAGAAGGAUUUGAAGAGUGUGGAAAAAAGACGAGGAAGACCUCCAACACUUACGAGUGUGAAGUUCAAAUUGUCACAAGUAAAAGACGCAUCAGACAUUCAGAAGGGCAGUAAAGAAGAAAAAGAGAGUCUGAAAAAAAUAAAAAGGUCACCAUCCACUACAUUUCAGCAAGCAACUAAAAUCAAGAAGUUAAGAACUAGUAAGCUCUCCCCACUGAAAUCUAAAUUUAAGCCUGGGGCGAAACUUCAGAUUGGGAGGAAGAGCGUUCAGAUUGCACGCAGGAGAGGCAGGCCGCCGUCCUCUGAACGUUUAAAGACUUCCUCGACCCUAGUCAUAAACUCGCAGCUGGAGAAACCUCAAAGGAUACGCAAAGAAAAGGAUGGCACCCCACCUCCUUCGAAAGAAGAAAAGACUGCCGUCAGACAGAGUCCACGCAGGAUUAAGCCCGUUAGGAUUAUACCUUCCACCAAAAGGACGGAUGCCACAAUUGCGAAGCAGCUUUUGCAAAGGGCUAAAAAGGGGGCGCAAAAAAAGAUUGAGAAAGAAGCAGCGAAACUGCAGGGCAGGAAGGGGAGAACCCAGCUCAAAAAUAUCCGACAGUUCAUCAUGCCGGUUGUGAGCGCUAUCUCUUCACGGAUUAUUAAAACACCCAAACGGUUCAUUGAAGAUGAAGACUACGAUCCUCCCAUUAAAAUAUCCAGACUAGAAUCCACACCAAACAGCAGGUUCAGUGCUAUGUCUUGUGGCUCCAGUGAAAAGUCCAGCGCUGCUUCUCAGCAUUCGUCUCAGAUGUCUUCGGAUUCCUCACGGUCCAGUAGCCCCAGCGUGGAUACAUCUACAGACUCCCAGGCUUCUGAGGAGAUGCAGACGCUGUCUGAGGAGCGAAGCAAUACUCCAGAAGUUCACGCACCGCUGCCUGUUUCUCAGUCCCCUGAAAACGAUAACGGUGAUAGAAGAAACAGAAGGUUUUCGAUAACGGAAGGAAGUUUUGGCCAGAGGACUGCUAAAAAGCUGUCAGCCUUACCAAGUGUGCCGCAGCAGCAGUCGUCCUCCUCUCCUCCUCCCCCUUUGCUCACUCCCCCCCCACCCCUACAGCCUACUUCCAGCAUCUCAGACCAUACCCCUUGGCUUAUGCCUCCGACUAUACCGUUAGCCUCACCCUUUCUUCCCGCCUCCGCAGCACCGAUGCAGGAGAAACGGAAGUCGAUUCUGCGAGAGCCAACGUUUAGGUGGACCUCCCUGAAGCAUUCCAGGUCAGAACCACAGUACUUCUCAUCAGCAAAAUAUGCCAAAGAGGGUCUUAUUCGCAAACCGAUAUUUGAUAACUUCAGACCCCCGCCGCUGACACCAGAGGACGUUGGCUUCACAUCCGGCUUCUCCACACCUGGUGCCACAGCUCCAGCACGCCUGUUUUCUCUGCACCCUGGAACCAGGUUCGACAUGCACAAGAGAAGUCCUCUGCUGAGAGCACCCAGAUUCACACCGAGCGAGGCCCACUCCAGGAUCUUUGAAUCUGUAACUCUGCCCUCGUCGGUUGGUCGAACCACUACUGGGACCUCUGCAGCGGGCGUCUCUUCUCGGAAGCGGAAGAGGAGGGUGUUUAGCCCCAUCCGAUCAGAGCCCAGAUCUCCUUCACACUCCAUGAGGACGAGAAGUGGGAGACUUAGUACCUCUGACCUGGCAACUCUGACCCCACAGUCUUCUGUCUCUUCCUCAUUAACUAGCAUUUCUGUUAGUUCUCUUGCCACUAGUGCCUUAAAUUCAACUUUUACUUUUCCUUCCCAUUCCUUAACACAGUCCGGGGAAUCAGCAGAAAGAAGCCAGAGACCGAAGAAGCAGAUGAGCACUCCGGCAGAGCCUUUCUCAUCUGGUAGCCCUACCCCUCUCUUCCCCUGGUUCACGCCAAGUUCUCAGACAGAGAGAGGCAGAAACAAGGACAGGGCAACAGAGGAGCUCUCCAAAGAUAAAGACGCUGACAAAAGCCUGGAGAAGGACAAGAGCAGAGAGAAAGACAGAGAGAGAGAAAAGGAGAACAAACGGGAGUCAAGGAAGGAGAAAAGGAGAAAAGCGUCAGAAAUUCAGAGUAGCUCUGCUUUGUUUCCUGUAGGUAAAAUGCCCAAAGAUAAAGUUGUCAGCGAAGAUGUUGCAGCAUCAUCAUCCGCCAAAAAAACUGCUGGGCGGAAGAAGUCUGCAGCAAUAGAUCCAGCCGCAGAUGUUUCCACUGCUGCUCUGGUGGACACAGCAACCAUCAAGACCAAAACAUCCAAGAAAGGUAGAGGGGGGUUAGACAAAUCCGACCUGGACCUCAGCCCCACUGUGCCACCUUUGGAGAAGGAAAAAGCCCUGCGUCUUUCUGCUCCUCUGUCAAGCACUGUAAAACAUUCCGCUUCCUCCAUCAGCUCUAUGUUGGCUCAAGCAGACAAACUGCCAAUGACUGACAAGAGGGUGGCCAGUCUGUUGAAAAAGGCAAAAGCCCAGCUGUAUAAGAUCGAGAAGAGCAAGUCCCUCAAACAAGCAGAUCAGCCAAAAGCACAGGGGCAAGAGAGUGAUUCAUCAGAAGCAUCAGUCCGAGGACCACGGAUAAAACAUGUUUGCAGGAGAGCAGCUGUUGCACUGGGCCGGAAGCGAGCCGUGUUUCCUGAUGACAUGCCCACUCUGAGUGCCUUACCGUGGGAAGAACGGGAGAAGAUACUGUCUUCCAUGGGGAAUGAUGAUAAGUCAUCAAUAGCUGGCUCAGAAGAGGCUGAACCUCUCGCUCCACCUAUCAAACCAAUUAAGCCGGUGACCAGAAACAAGGCACAGCAAGAACCUCCAGUGAAGAAGGGCCGGCGCUCACGGCGCUGUGGACAGUGCUCGGGCUGUCAGGUUCCAGAGGACUGUGGUGUCUGUACCAACUGCCUCGACAAACCCAAGUUUGGUGGACGCAAUAUCAAGAAGCAGUGCUGCAAAAUGAGGAAAUGUCAGAAUCUACAGUGGAUGCCUUCAAAAGCGUAUCUCCAGAAGCAAGCUAAAGCUGCAAAAAAGAAAGAGAAGAAGUCGAAGACAAACGAAAAGAAAGAAAGCCAUUCUGGAAAGAACCAGUUGGACUCUGGACAGAAACAAGCUCCUCAGACUGUCGUAUCGAGAGAAGACAAUGCUGUGAAAAAGAGCAGUGAGCCUGCUGCCCGUAAGCCCGUUGAAGAAAAGCACGAGGAUGGGAAUUCCUCCAUUCCAGUCUCAGAGCCCAAACAGGUCCCUGCGUCUAGUACCAGAAAGACUGGCAAGCAGGCAUCCCAGCCAGUGCAGCUCCCUCCUUCUCAGCCACCGAGCUCAGGACCUUUGAAAAAAGAAGCACCUAAACUUAGCACUUCUGAGCCUAAGAAAAAGCAGACUCCCCAGCCAGAAAUAGGCACAGAACAAAGCAAACAGAAAAAAAUUGCUCCCCGUCCAACUUUCCCUGUGAAACAGAAACCAAAAGAAAAGGAAAAGCCCCCUCCUAUAAGCAAACCAGAGAGCAGCACGCUGAAUUUGCUCAGCACUCUGACUAACGGAAGCAGUUCCAAGCAAAAGCCACCUACAGAUGGAGUCCACAGAAUCCGAGUGGAUUUCAAGGAGGACUGUGAAGUGGAGAAUGUUUGGGAGAUGGGUGGGUUAGGCAUCGUCACCUCGGUACCUAUUACUCCCAGGGUGGUCUGUUUUCUCUGUGCCAGCAGUGGACAUGUGGAGUUUGUGUAUUGUCAGGUCUGUUGUGAGCCUUUCCACAAGUUCUGCUUAGAGGAGAGCGAGCGGCCACUGGAGGACCAGCUGGAAAACUGGUGCUGCCGUCGCUGCAAGUUCUGCCACGUGUGUGGGAGACAGCACCAGGCCACCAAGCAGUUGCUGGAGUGUAACAAGUGCCGAAACAGCUAUCACCCUGAGUGCCUGGGCCCAAACUACCCAACAAAACCCACCAAGAAAAAGAAAGUUUGGAUAUGUACCAAAUGUGUUCGCUGCAAGAGCUGUGGAUCAACAACGCCAGGCAAAGGGUGGGAUGCACAGUGGUCUCAUGACUUCUCACUGUGUCACGAUUGUGCCAAACUCUUUGCUAAAGGAAAUUUUUGUCCUCUCUGUGACAAGUGUUAUGACGAUGAUGACUAUGAAAGCAAGAUGAUGCAGUGUGGGAAAUGCGACCGCUGGGUCCACUCCAAAUGUGAAAACCUCUCUGAUGAAAUGUAUGAGAUACUCUCUAACUUGCCUGAGAGUGUGGCAUACACCUGCAUUAACUGCACGGAGCAGCAUCCUGCGGAGUGGCGUCUGGCACUGGAAAAGGAGCUGCAGGUGUCCUUGAAGCAGGUUUUAACGGCCCUGUUGAACUCCAGAACUACCAGCCACUUGCUGCGGUAUCGGCAGGCAGCAAAACCCCCUGAUUUAAAUCCUGAGACAGAAGAGAGUAUCCCAUCCAGAAGCUCUCCUGAAGGUCCUGAUCCACCUGUCCUCACAGAAGUCAGUAAGCAGGAAGAGCAGCAGCCUCUGGAUCUGGAUGGAGUGAAAAGAAAAAUGGAUCAAGGAGGUUACAUUUCUGUGUUGGAGUUUAGUGAUGAUAUUGUGAAGAUAAUUCAAGCAGCCAUUAAUUCCGACGGAGGGCAGCCGGAGGUUAAGAAGGCCAAUAGCAUGGUCAAGUCCUUCUUUAUUCGGCAAAUGGAACGUGUUUUUCCAUGGUUCAGUGUAAAAAAGUCCAGAUUUUGGGAGCCAAAUAAAGUAACAAGCAACAGUGGUAUGUUGCCCAACGCGGUUCUGCCCCCUUCGCUUGACCAUAACUAUGCUCAGUGGCAGGAGCGUGAAGAGAACAGCCGCACUGAACAGCCUCCUCUGAUGAAGAAAAUAAUUCCAGCUCCAAAACCCAAAGGGCCUGGAGAGCCAGAUUCACCAACUCCUCUACAUCCUCCUACACCACCUAUCUCUGGCUCUGACAGAAGCCGAGAAGAUAGUCCUGAACUUAACCCACCUCCAGAUGUAGAAGACAACAGGCAGUGCGCGUUGUGCCUGAAGUACGGUGAUGACAGUGCAAAUGAUGCUGGGCGUCUCCUCUAUAUUGGCCAGAACGAAUGGACACAUGUGAACUGUGCGUUAUGGUCAGCAGAAGUAUUUGAAGAUGAUGAUGGUUCUCUGAAGAACGUGCACAUGGCUGUGAUCAGGGGAAAGCAGCUGAGAUGCGAGUUCUGCCAGAAGUCGGGUGCCACAGUGGGCUGCUGCCUCACUUCCUGUACAAGUAACUACCAUUUUAUGUGCUCGAGAGCCAAGAACUGUGUCUUUCUGGAUGACAAGAAAGUUUACUGCCAGAGGCAUCGUGACUUGAUCAAAGGAGAGGUGGUUCCUGAGAAUGGGUUUGAGGUUCUUAGGAGAGUUUUUGUGGACUUUGAAGGGAUCAGUUUAAGAAGAAAAUUUCUUAGUGGCUUGGAACCGGAGAACAUCCACAUGAUGAUUGGUUCAAUGACAAUAGACUGCUUAGGAAUUCUGAAUGACCUCUCAGACUGUGAAGACAAGUUAUUUCCCAUUGGCUAUCAAUGCUCCAGGGUGUACUGGAGCACAACAGAUGCCAGGAAGCGCUGUGUGUAUACCUGCAAGAUCAUGGAGUGCCGACCUCCGGUCAUAGAACCUGACAUUAACAGCACUGUAGAGCAUGAUGACAACAGAACAAUUGCCCAUAGCCCAGUUCCCCUUACAGAAACUCUACCUAAAGACAGCCAAAAUACACCAGAAAUUGUAAACCCACCAUCACCAGAUCGUCCCCUGCAUUCUCAGAACUCCAGUUCCUGUUACUAUCCAGUGGUCUCGAAGGGUCCCAGGAUCAGGACACCAAGUUAUCCGUCCACGCAGAGGUCUCCUGGCUCUAGGCCAUUACCCUCUGCAGGAAGUCCUACCCCAGUGACCCAUGAAAUAGUGACAGUAGGAGAUCCUUUGCUAUCCUCCGGACUUAAGAGCAUUGGUUCUAGGAGACAUAGCACCUCCUCUUUGUCACAGCAGCAAUCAAAACUCCGGAUGAUUUCCCCUACGCGAGCUGGGAACGCUUACUCCAGGCACGGUGUAUCUUCAGUUUCCAGCAUGGGAUCCUCUUCCGAACAGGAACCGAGUGUCAAAAGCCCCGACCACUUUGUGGGGUCACUGAAUGCAGGUAGUCCAAGUGCUCCAGUUCAAAGCUGCUCAGCCAGUUCAGGCUCCCAGAAAACAACGGCUACAAGUGGAAGUAAAACUUACCAGCUGGAUACGUCUCAGUCUACAGAAGGAAAACACUCAAGCAGUUCAGAUUUUAUAGCCAAAGGUGUGCCUCCUAAGGGAGAGAAGAUGAAAACAUUGACCUCAAAGGAUCCAGAUUACUCAGCUCAUGGUUUUGCUUCUGAAGGAAACUCCAAAAUGUCCACUCAACCAACCAUUUCGUCUGGCGCAGAAAUUAAUAUUAAAAUAGGAACCUUUCAAGAAUCUUCAGGAUCAUUUUCUUCCAAAGAAGCAAUAUCCUUUCCACCGUUCCAUCAGAGAGGCCCAAGGAAAGACAGAGAUCAGCAUGUGGAACCCAUACAGCCAGAGAAAACUACUGUGGUCAAUGAGAUGGAUGCAAAGACCUUGAAGUCCCCUGGAGUAAAUAGCAGAUCUCCUGCAGCAAGUGAGCAGGUUGUUUCUGCCCCUCGAGACAGGCGCCAGAAGGGGAAAAAGUUAAUGAAAGAUAGUUUUAAAGAGAAGCAUUCCCUGAAAUCUCUUGCAGAGUCAAGUCAAGCAGGAGGCAGUGACGAAGGAAACCUCAAACCCGAAUUGGGUAACCAGGCUUUGGCGACUGAACAAAUGAGCCAGAGGUUGUGUAAUAACAUUCCGGCUGAAAAAGUUGGCGAGAAGUCUCCAUCUUUGCAAGGGCCAUCAAAAGGCUCUUCAGCGCCGGCAGACGCGGCCCCAAAGGAGUCGCAGGCGCCGCGGAAACGCACCGUUAAAGUCACCCUGACUCCUCUCAAGAUGGAGAGUGAAAACCAGACUAAAAAUGCUCCGCAGGAAAGCGAUGCUGAGCCUCAGUCUGCAGGGGCAGAACUGGCUGGUCUGGUGGAGCCCUCCUCGACUUCUGAAAGCCCAGAAGAUAACUCCACAGCUCAGGGGAGUCCAAAUGAAGCACCAGCACAGGAAUCUCAAAAUAAUGCAUAUGAAAACUUGCCUGUCCAAGAUAGCAACUUGAUGCUCCAGGAUGGAACUAAAGCUCAAGAAGAGGGCUCAUACAAGCGAAGGUAUCCACGGAGAAGUGCUCGGGCCAGAUCCAAUAUGUUCUUUGGACUGACUCCUUUGUAUGGUGUGAGGUCUUAUGGGGAAGAAGACAUUCCCUUCUACAGUAACUCAACUGGGAAGAAGCGAGGGAAGCGGUCUGCAGAAGGACAAGUGGAUGGUGCAGAUGACUUGAGCACAUCGGAUGAAGAUGACUUAUACUAUUACAAUUUCACUAGGACAGUGGUUUCCUCGAACACAGAGGAGAGGCUUGCCUCCCAUAGCUUAUUCAGGGAGGAGGAGCAGUGUGAUCUUCCAAAGAUCUCGCAGCUGGACGGUGUGGAUGAUGGAACUGAAAGUGAUACAAGUGUCACAGCAACAACCAGAAAAGUCAGUCAAGUGUCUAAAAGGAGUGGUAAAGAAAAUGGGACAGAGAACUUGAAGCUUGACAGAACUGAAGAAGCUGGAGAGAAAGUACAAGUGACCAAGAGUUCUGCUGUCCAUAAAACUGACCCAAAGAUUGAUAAUUGCCAUCCUGUGAGCAGGGUGAAAGCACAAGGUCAGGAUUCACUAGAAGCUCAGCUGAGCUCACUGGAGACGGGCCGCAGGGCUCAUGCCAGCACACCUUCUGACAAGAACUUACUGGACACUUUUAACACAGAACUUCUGAAAUCUGACUCUGACAAUAACAACAGCGAUGACUGUGGGAAUAUCCUCCCUUCGGACAUCAUGGACUUCGUGCUAAAGAACACGCCGUCCAUGCAGGCAUUAGGAGAAAGUCCAGAGUCCUCAUCAUCUGAGCUUCUGACACUUGGAGAGGGUUUAGGUCUUGACAGCAACCGUGGCAAGGACAUGGGUUUGUUUGAGGUGUUCUCCCAACAGCUGCCAACUGCCGAGCCAGUGGACAGCAGCGUUUCUUCCUCCAUAUCUGCAGAGGAACAGUUUGAGUUGCCACUGGAGCUUCCUUCCGACCUCUCUGUUCUGACCACUCGCAGCCCUACGGUGCCCAGCCAAAACCACAACAGGCUCGCUGUCAUCUCAGAGUCUUCACUCUCCUCCUCGGGAGAGCGGUCGAUGCUUGCCUUGCCUUCCUCAGAGUCUGGGGAAAAGAGAGUGACUGUCACAGAAAAGUCUGCCUCAGGGGAAGGUGAUUCAGCUCUCCUGAGCCCAGGAGUAGAUCCAAGCCCUGAAGGACACAUGACUCCUGAUCACUUCAUCCAGGGCCACAUAGAUGCAGAGCACAUAGCCAGCCCCCCCUGUGGCUCCGUCGAGCAGGGGCACGGCACCAACCAGGAAUUAACCAGAAACAGCGGGACUCCAGGUAUCCAGGUGCCGGUGUCACCCACCGUUCCCCUCCAGAGCCAGAAGUAUGUGCCAAACUCCACGGACAGUCCUGGCCCCUCGCAGAUCUCCAACGCUGCGGUGCAGACAACGCCGCCCCACCUCAAGCCAGCUGCAGAAAAACUCCUGGUAGUCAACCAGAACAUGCAGCCACUGUACGUCCUCCAAACGCUUCCCAACGGUGUUACUCAGAAGAUCCAGCUAACACCCUCUGUGAGCUCUGCGCAGAGCGUGAUGGAAACCAACGCUUCUGUGCUGGGGCCCAUGGGGAGUGGGCUCACACUGACCACAGGAUUAAAUCCGAGCUUGCCCUCGUCUCAGUCAUUAUUCCCUCCCACAAGCAAGGGGCUUCUGCCCAUGUCUCAUCACCAGCACAUGCAUCCCUUCACAGCCACUCAGACUGGCUUCCCCCCAAACAUCAGCAGUCCUUCGCCAGGUCUUCUGAUUGGUGUCCAGCCACCCCCUGAUCCUCAGCUCUUAGUGUCUGAAGCUAGUCAGAGGACAGACCUUGGUACCACUGUGUCCACACCAGCUGCCCUGGGCAAGAAGCGGCCCAUAUCUCGUUUGCAGUCACGAAAGAAUAAGAAGCUGGCUCCCUCUGGAACCCCUUCUGCUAUAGCUCCACCGGAUAUGGUCUCCAACAUGACCUUAAUUAAUUUUGCACCUUCCCAAAUUUCGAACCACCCGCUAGAUUUGGGAACCAUUGCAAAUUCAACAUCCCAUAGAACUGUCCCCAAUAUUAUCAAAAGGUCCAAGCCUGGGGUCAUGUAUUUCGAGCAAACGCCUUUGCUCCCACAAGGUGGGACCACUUCUGCAGUCGGCACGUCUCCCAGCGUUAUCGGGCCAGACGCCGGUCACCUCCCAGCAGGGCCUGUAUCAGGCCUAGCAUCGAGUUCCUCAGUGCUGAACGUUGUGUCCAUGCAGGCCACCACAGCCCCUACUACUGGUGGGUCGGUUCCUAGUCAUGUUCUGGGACAAAGUUCGGUAACAUUAACUAGCCCAGGAUUAUUAGGGGACCUUGGAUCAAUAAGCAACCUCCUGAUCAAAGCUAGCCAGCAAAGCCUUGGUGUCCAGGAGCAGCACAUGACCUUACCACCAAGCUCUGGGAUGUUUUCACAACUGGGAGCAUCCCAAACGCCAUCAACGGCAGCGAUGACAGCUGCAUCAAGCAUCUGUGUUCUGCCGUCAACACAGACCAUGGGCAUGACAGUUGCUCCAUCACCUGCUGACCCAGAGGGCUCUUACCAGCUUCAACAUAUGACACAACUCCUAGCCAGCAAAACUGGGCUCAAUUCCUCCCAGCUGGACCUUGGUGCAGCUUCAGCAACGACCCAGUUGUCCAGCUUCCCACAGUUGGUUGAUGCUCCCAACAAUAACGGACUGGAACAAAACAAGGCGUCCUCGUCAGUGAUGCACGCCAGCUCAGCAUCCCCAGGGGGCUCCCCCUCAUCUGGUCAGCAGUCUGCCAGCAGCUCCUUGCUGGGCCCCAUGAAAAUGAAGCCGAAAAUCAAACGCAUUCAACCAUCAUUAGACAAAGGGAGUGGAAAGAAGCAUAAACUUUCUCACCUGUGGACCAGUUCCUCUGAAGAACACGUUCCUGACAGAGGGGCCGUUGCUGUACCCCAGGCCUCAGCUAUAGGGAUUCCUGCUGUGAAGGCAGAUACACAGGAUGCAGGAAGCAUAGAUCAGCCCUCACAGAAGCAAUGUGUCCCAUCUGCAGGGAAAACGGCAGUCCUCCCAGAAUCUCAAUCAACACAGAACUUGGCAAAUGAGCAGGAAAGUGCAGGCUCAAAAGCUCUUGAGGAAGAAGAGAGCACUUUCAGCUCCCCGCUUAUGUUUUGGCUUCAGCAAGAACAAAAGAGGAAAGAGUGUCUUGGUGAGAAGAAGCCCAAGAAAGGUUUGGUUUUUGAGAUCUCUAGUGAUGAUGGUUUUCAAAUCUGCGCAGAAAGCAUUGAAGAUGCCUGGAAGUCACUGACAGACAAAGUUCAGGAGGCCCGUUCCAACGCCCGCCUGAAGCAGCUCUCCUUUGCAGGUGUGAAUGGUCUGAGGAUGCUGGGGAUUAUCCACGAUACAGUUGUGUUCCUGAUUGAGCAGCUGUACGGAGCAAAGCACUGCCACAACUACAAGUUUCGAUUUCACAAGCCGGAGGAGGCCAACGAACCUCCCCUGAACCCCCAUGGCUCUGCCAGGGCUGAAGUCCACCUGAGGAAAUCUGCAUUUGAUAUGUUUAAUUUCUUGGCUUCCAAGCACCGACAGCCACCAGAAUACAACCCAAAUGACGAGGAAGAGGAAGAAGUACAGCUGAAAUCAGCCCGGAGGGCGACUAGCAUGGAUCUGCCAAUGCCCAUGCGCUUCCGACACUUGAAGAAGACCUCCAAGGAGGCAGUUGGUGUCUACAGGUCUCCUAUCCACGGCCGGGGUCUUUUCUGCAAGAGGAACAUUGAUGCAGGUGAGAUGGUGAUCGAAUAUUCAGGCAAUGUCAUUCGCUCCAUCCUCACUGACAAACGAGAGAAAUACUACGACAGUAAGGGGAUUGGUUGUUACAUGUUCCGCAUUGACGACUCCGAAGUGGUGGAUGCCACCAUGCACGGGAACGCGGCCCGCUUCAUCAACCACUCCUGCGAGCCCAACUGCUACUCCCGAGUCAUCAACAUUGAUGGCCAGAAACACAUUGUCAUCUUCGCCAUGCGCAAAAUCUACCGCGGGGAAGAGCUCACCUACGACUACAAGUUCCCCAUCGAAGAUGCCAGCAACAAACUGCCCUGCAACUGCGGCGCCAAGAAGUGCAGGAAGUUUUUAAACUAGAACUUCUGUCAGCUGCAAGUGAGCCCUGAAGGGCCUGGGGCGAACCAAAGCUUCAAGUGAAUCCCUCCCUGGCCAUCCAGGCAGGACAGGGAGGCCGGAGCAGGAAUGAAGAUGAGCUGGGCUCGGGGACCUGACUGGUGGCUGUCUUUCUCUGUCAGAGUCCACAUCUUCAUGUCUCGCAUGCGCACACUUACCCUUGUGAAAGACACGGGCGACUGGAGAGGAUUCUUAGUGUGAUUAUGUUUUUGCUAUUCUCAUUUCCCCUGCCCCGGUUAUUUCUUUCUCAGCAUGGGGCUAAUGAAUGGGAGAGGGGAGGGGAGGUGGGCCUGGGCCCAAGCCUUGGGGGGUGAUCGUGGGUCCUGUCUCUCUGUGGCUCAGAGUGCUGAAUGUGGAGCUCUCAUCCCCCUCGUUGGAGGUCUGUGUCCCAGGUUUGGUAGUGGUGUUGGAGCGAGCUUUCACCUUGGGGAGAGACUGCGCCCACCAACUGCCCCAGGACCUCGUGUCUGUGGUUCCUUGUGCCUCUGCAAAACAGUCUGUGCUGUGGGUGCGUGGCGAGGCGUGGGGUCUGGUGCCAGGGUCUGGUGAUGGGGUGUGGCUUAGGUGGUCCCAUCUGGGAAUGGGGAGAGCAGGACAGAGCAGCCCGCAGGGAGACUCCAGAGGGUUUGGCUAGUGUAUCGCUCCAAAAUCCAUGCCCGAGCGUAGGGGAAUUCCUGGCAUUCUUUGGCAGUGAGGGGGCUUUUGCCAACAGUUACGAUGCUGUCAGUCUUGGCGAGCGAAGGUUUCCUUUCUGCCUCUGUCCUUUCCUCGGACGUGUCUCUAGCAGCUGGCUUCCUCCUCUGCCCACCAAGCUUGAGGCGCUUCCAGCCAGUGGUCUCUUUGCCACUGUGGAGCUGGUCUGAGGGACCAACAUCCCAUGGAAGAGGUGGGGACUAGGAGCUGUCUCUAGGCUUGGCCCUGUACCACUGUAGAGUAGGAGCUAGGAAGGACUUUCAUGGAGGUUCCCAAGGGCUCUGCUUGGCUCAGCCUCCCCGCAGAGCAUCCUGGGGCCAGCCAGAUGGAGAGAUAAAGGAGCAAGGCAGGGGAAGAGGCACUGAAAUGGAGCAUGUUCUCUGCAAAGACAUGGCCAAACACUGACCAGCCUAAUCUGUGCCAGGUAGCGUCCAGGAAUGCAUAGGAAAAUGGGGAGCGGCUGGCAGGGCUGGAGUUGCUGCAGCAAGGGGCUGUGCUGGGUGUCAGGAAGCCACCAGACACUCAUCCUGGGUGGAGUAUCGUCAGUCCUCCCCCUGCCUGGGUCUGCACCCACCUCCCAAACAAAACACAGAGAAAGAGGUAAAAAGCCCCAAGCCUAACAAGUGAUGACAUUGGAUUUUACUCUGUUCUGUUUACAGUUUAGUAUUUAAGGUUUUAUAAAUGUAAAUAUAUUUUGUAUAUUUUUCUAUGAGAAGCACUUCAUAGGGGAAAGCACUUAUGACGAGGCUUUUUAAACAGUGGUAUUAUCCUAAUUUAAGAGAAUCUCUUUUUAAUGAUUUUUUUAUUUUCAUAGGAUGGUUAUAGGAAAUACCUGGCUGGACACAGUCUGAUCCUUUCUCCAGAGAGGGGGGGGGCACACUUUAUUUUUUUUUUUUAACUCUUGUUCUGCCUUUUUUACUUCAGUAACUGUUUCCAGGAGGUUUGGCUGGACCUUAGACUUUUAUUUACCUGUCAAGAUGGGGGCAGGAGGGAGAAAUUGCUCAGCUUAGGGGGAGUGUGGGAGUUUGGCUCUGUCUGAAGGACUGUCCAUGCCCCCAGGCAGGAGGUGUGGUUCUGCCUUGCCCCACGCCUGCAUCCUGCAUGUAUUUAAAAAGGAAAAAGGAGAGAGACGUGACCCUCAAUGCCUCUUUUGGUGAGAGGCUGAUCUAGAGCAUGUGCCUCAUCCCGCAGUCCCUCUUGAAGGCAGAUGAGUUUUUCCGUGGAAAAGGGAAUGUGGGAAACACCCUCACUUUUUCACGCUGUCCCUGAAGGUAGAUCAGCAGCUCUUUGAGGAGCCGGUGGGUUUGAGGGCAACUCAAACGGCAUUGGCAGUCAGUGGGAAAGGGAUGGGGGAGCCCCAGUGCUCGCCGUGGGGCACCCUGAGUUUGUGUCCUUCAGGCCCUGAGACCGCUUCCUCUGACCUGAUAAUUAAAUGGGGCACUGGGAGGGUCGAGAACUGCCGGUUUCCUUUUGUUAUUGCACUGUGUGAUGAUUAUUUGGUGAUAACUGUUGAAAGAAAGUCAAAUUGACACUGCAUUUGUUACUGAGAUGAUUUGAUGCACUGACAGUUUGGGAACGCACAUACCUUGAGGAGGCCAAAAAGCACGUGCAUGCCCAGGGGGUCUCAGCCCUGUGCCCCCAGGCACGGCUGCUCUUGGUCCUGCUCCUUCCCCAUGUGAUGGCAGUGCUGGGGACAGCCCUCACCUCGGCACAGCCUGGCAGUUUGCCCAAGUGGCUCAGCUCCGCCGUGUGGCCUCUCACACACACCAAUGGCGGAGCAGGCACAUCUUCCUGGUGAGCAGAUCCCUUCCCUCCCCCCGGCUGUGGAAGGAGGCUCUGGCUGGGAAUUGCUGCCCAAAGCCACCUCAAGUAGAGAAAGGCAGGGAGGGGCAGGUGGGGGAAGCCCCCCAGGACCUGGCGCCAGGCAUCCCUGUCGUCAAGCCUGCGGGCCCAGCUGUGUCUGCUUUGCUGCUAUCCCUGCGGCCGCCUCAGUGGGAGCCGCUGUGGCCAGUGGAACUGUCUGUACCCCCGGGAAGCUGCGCAGCGCCGGGCGGGUGGGGAGAGGCCGCAGCAGCCAGUGCCCGGGCCCAGCACCGUCCCCUCACCUGCCCCCCGACCCUGUCCUGCCUGGGCGGGUGGCAAGUGCAGCUUCCCUGUGUAUGAAUGUAUAUUUUAUAAGGACUGACACAGAUCACGGUAUCUGAAAAUACUAAAAAAAAAAUGGAACCUUAAGGCGUUUAUUUUUCUUUGUACAAACCAACAUGGUUUUUGUGUUUCAAGGAAAAGCGGGUCAUUGCAAAGGGCUGGGUAUCUUUUCUUUCUGGUUUUCUUUAAUUUCAAAGCAAUACCAGGUUCUUCAGUGAGACGGUCUUUGUGCAGAAUCAUGCCAUUUGAAUCCAUACUACUGGUCCACUCUCCACACUUGCAAGUUUUUUUUAUUACUAUAAAUAUGAUAUAUAUAGGAACUACUAUAGUAAUGCACCGUGUAAUGAAGCCUAGUUCAGUAUCGGUCCAUGGCUUUUAAUUCUCUUAACACUAUAGAUAAGGAUUGUGUUACAGUUGCUAACGAUGGCCAGGAAAACGGUGCCACGUGUUCCCCGCCGGGCGAGGGCUGCCGGAAGCUGGAGUGGGUGGCUCAGCCUUUCCUGGCCCUUCUUGUUACCAGUCAGUACUUGUACAACUUGGUUUCUUCCUUCUCUUCCUCUCGUUUUGGUUAUGAAUGUUGGGGAACCACCUGCAUAUUAGGGGAAAAAAAAAAAAAAAUGUGCUCUGUGCUUUCCUGGUCUCUUUUUAACGAGGUACAGUAGCUUUGUCUAUCAACCGAGAACUAUACUUGUGGUGUUUCUUUUAUUGAACUUAACAGUCUCUUUAGUAAAUACAGGUAGGUGAAUAAUUGUUUCAAAAAAAAAAAAAAAAAAAAAAAAAAGCUCUGCAAAGGCAAGGUUAUGUUCUAGAAAUACAGUUCUUGACAACUUAUCAUGUAUGACAACUCUCUUCUUCUUUUUUUUUUUUUUUCCUGUGUUCUUCCAAGCUUCUGGUUGUUUGUUUGUUUGGUUUUUUUAAAAAGAAAAAAAGAGGAAACGUGUCUAAAGUACAUCAGUGUUAACUCCCUGGCACAGGGAAGAAGGAAAUACUUUAAUAGUUUAAAAAAAUGCUGAAAGCUCUGAAAAAGACUGAAUGUAAAAAUAAAAAAGUGUACAUAGUUGUAAAAAGCAAAAAAACAAAGGAGUUUUUAAACAUGUUUAUUUUCUAUGCACUUUUUUUUAUUUAAGUGAUAGUUUAAUUAAUAAACAUGUCAAGUUUAUUGCUGCA